ACGUGUUUUCAUAGCAGACGGCAUUUUAGAAUAUCAUUAACAGCAUCUCGAUAGCAAUGGCAGAAGCCGGGGAUAAAUCAAUUUGUUAUGAUAUCUUACAAUUUCAAGAAACCCUCAGAAGGAUGAGGACGUUGGACGAUAAGAUCAUUUACACCUUCAAUACAUCAAUGCCAACAGACUCUUUUAAAGGGCAGUUCAAUGCAUCAGCUACUUGCAAGCAUUUACACGAUGAGUUACAGAGUAAUUAUACCAGUAGGGAGCAAAAAAUCAAGCAGUGCAUUGACGUGUUGGCCAGCGAGGUUCGUUCGCUUAAACAGGAAAAAGACUCGCGUCCCGACAAUAUUCAAUUGCUCAAACACUUAAGGAGGGAACAGACUUCCCUUCGCCUUCUACAAACCGAACUCGGAGUGGAGGAAGUCAUCAAAGAAAGAACAAUGAAGGUCUUUCACGAACAUUGCCGCAAUUAUUAUAAGCUUCCCGAUGCCUCAUCAUAGUUUAAGAAGACAUUAUAAAAUCAUUAUAUUGGGUUUUUUGAGGAACUUUCAAUUCUGGGCUCAGGUUUGAAAUCUUUUUGGAAACUCAGUCGAGUAUUAUUGACCUCAUUUUCCCUCCAAAAUAUCCUGUUUGUAGAAUUGCAAAUGGUUCUCGUCUGCUGGUUGAGCUGUUGACAAUUUCUUCAUAUCGCGAGAGUUCGCAUUUCAAUAACAAAAGCUCGUACGUAAGAAGCUAUAAAGUUUCAAGUUUUAAAAAAGCUGUCGAUUCAGCAAUUGACCAGAAUGCGCGUCACAACGUGUUUUUCAAAAAAUAUUUCAACAUAAUUAAUGAUUUCUUCUCAACUUUAACUGUAUUUAGAAUACAACACAAUACGGACAGAAUGCAAAUUCAAAAGUAGAGGGCCAAUUAAUGAGAGGACUCAAUACUACAUACCGAUCACAUCAUCAUACAACGUUGAAUUUCCAGGCCAAGUGUUAAGAACAAACUA